GGAGGGAAGGGCGCUUCCGGUGAAGAGGAGUUGAGGUGCGGGCCCAGGAACCGGAAGUCGGCGCCAGUGGAGGCGGAGGGUCGGUUGUGGCAGGAACCGCGUUCGGGGUCUGAGGGAGCUCUCAGCCGGGACAGCGGCGAGGGAAGCCGGCUGAGGUGAAGACUAAUUUGGGGAUGUGAACACAAUGAGCGUAAACCAGCAAGCUCACACAGGGCCACCCUAUGGGCAGCCUCAGCCAGGAUAUCCCAGAUACCCACAGCCUGGCUAUGGAGGGCAGCAGAUCCCAGGCAUCCCUCCCUCUCAGUAUGGUGCUUACAAUGGUCCGAUGACAGGAUACCAGCAGAUGGGCCCUCCUCAAGGUUACUUUCCUUCUCUGGGGUUUCCUUCUAAGGGCUCUCCUGUUUCUUUUGAUUCUGACACUUCUUUCACACCUGAUUUCAUAGGUUCUCUAAGAGCUCCUCCCGCCUCUGGAGCACCUCCUUUAGCAUCCGGAGCCUCGAUUCCUCCUGGACAGCCGGUCUGCAAUCAGUUUGGGCAAGGAGACGUGCGAAAUGGAAUUCCUGCUCCUACAGUCCCGUUGCAAAGACCUUCUGCUGCUCAGCAGUUCAUGCCUGGCCCAGCACCUGCCCCUGUUUCCCAGCCAGAUACUUUCCAGUAUGCGUCACCUCCAGCAAGCACACAGCAGCUGACCAAUCAUAUGGCAGGAAUGCAGAUAGGCAGUGCUUCAACUUCAGCUUCCUCCCCAGCUGGCCUGGGCUAUGGUCCCCCUACAUCAGUUCCACCUGCCUCAGGAAGUUUUAGUGCAACUGGAUCUGGGCCAUAUGCACCUUAUACAAGCCACGGACCCCUUCCCCUUAACCUGCCCCAUGGAUUGCCUCCUACCAGCCUGUCUCAGGGUCUUCCCAUGGUACAGUCUGCUGUAUCUGGUCCUCCAUCAGCCCUGCACCUUCCCUCUCAGCCUCCAGGAUUUGCCCCACCACCGAUUUCUGCUGCGGCUGGAGUUUCCAGUUACUCGGCUGCUGCAGGAGUCUCAAGGCCUGCAACGAUGCAGGGCACAUUACCUGGACAGGCAGCUACGGGGAUGCUGACUUCCCAGCCUAAUCAUGUGACUUCACCACCACCUAUGGCAGGGCCACCCCCUGGACCACCAGUGACAAACUUGCAAGGACCACCGCCUCCCACCCAUCCUUCCCAACCAGGAUACGCACCGCAGCAGAAUGGGUCCUUUGGACAGAACAGAGGUACCCAGCCAAACUACAAUGCAGCUUAUUCUGGGCCGGCAAAUUAUGGGAGCCAUCCAGGACCGCCGCCUGCACCGAAGCGUCUAGAUCCAGACUCCAUUCCUAGCCCGAUACAAGUAAUUGAAGAUGACAGGAAUAAUCGUGGAUCAGAGCCCUUCGUCACAGGAGUCCGAGGGCAAGUCCCGCCCCUUGUUACUACCAAUUUCUUGGUCAAAGAUCAAGGUAACGCAAGUCCCCGCUACAUAAGAUGUACAUCAUACAAUAUUCCAUGUACCUCAGAUAUGGCUAAGCAGUCCCAAGUUCCUCUUGCUGCAGUCAUAAAGCCAUUGGCUACUUUACCUUCAGAAGAGGCUCCUCCUUAUUUGGUAGACCUUGGGGAAUUGGGUCCUAUCCGGUGUAAUAGGUGCAAAGCCUAUAUGUGCCCUUUUAUGCAAUUCAUUGAAGGUGGACGAAGAUUCCAGUGCUGUUUCUGUAGCUGCGUCACCGAGGUGCCAUCUCACUACUUCCAGCACUUGGAUCACACAGGCCGGCGAGUAGAUUGCUACGACCGGCCAGAGUUAUCACUGGGAUCAUAUGAAUUCUUGGCAACUGUUGACUACUGCAAGAACAACAAGUUUCCCAAUCCCCCUGCCUUUAUUUUCAUGAUUGAUGUGUCAUACAAUGCAGUAAGGAGUGGUUUGGUAAGGCUGAUAUGUGAAGAGUUGAAGACUCUCCUGGAUUACUUACCCAGGGAAGGAAACAUGGAAGAAUCGGCCAUCCGAGUGGGCUUUGUCACUUACAACAAAGUUCUGCACUUCUAUAAUGUGAAGAGCUCCCUGGCCCAGCCUCAGAUGAUGGUUGUGUCCGACGUAGCAGAUAUGUUUGUACCUCUGCUUGAUGGCUUCCUGGUGAACGUUAAUGAGUCCCGCUCAGUUUUCACAAGCUUACUGGACCAGAUCCCUGAAAUGUUUGCUGAUACAAGAGAAACAGAAACUGUGUUUGCUCCUGUGAUUCAGGCUGGCAUGGAGGCACUAAAGGCGGCGGAAUGUGCUGGCAAGCUGUUCAUAUUUCACACAUCACUGCCCAUUGCAGAGGCCCCAGGGAAGUUGAAGAACAGAGAUGACAAGAAACUGAUCAACACGGAUAAAGAAAAGACUCUGUUUCAGCCUCAGACAAGUUUCUACAGCAACUUAGCCAAGGAAUGUGUAGCACAAGGGUGCUGUGUGGAUCUGUUCCUUUUCCCAAACCAGUACUUGGAUGUGGCUACCUUGGGAGUCGUUCCUUAUCAGACAGGUGGCUCUGUUUAUAAAUAUGCCUAUUUCCAGGUGGAAACAGACCAGGAGCGGUUUUUGAAUGACUUGCGCAGAGAUGUUCAGAAAGAAGUGGGCUUUGAUGCUGUGAUGAGAGUGCGCACAAGCACCGGUAUUCGAGCGACAGACUUCUUUGGUGCUUUCUAUAUGAGCAACACCACAGAUGUGGAGCUAGCAGGCCUGGACUGCGAGAAAACAAUCACAGUGGAAUUUAAGCAUGAUGAUAAGCUCAGUGAAGACAGUGGAGCUCUUCUCCAGUGUGCUGUGCUGUAUACAAGCUGUGCAGGACAGAGGCGACUCCGCAUUCACAACCUCUCCUUGAACUGCUGCACGCAGCUGGCUGAUCUUUAUAGGAACUGUGAGACGGACACUCUUAUCAACUUCUUGGCCAAGUUUGCAUAUCGUGGACUUCUGAACAACCCAGUCAAGACCGUGAGAGACACACUGAUCAAUCAAUGUGCCCAGAUCCUGGCAUGCUACCGAAAAAACUGUGCUAGCCCUUCUUCUGCUGGACAGUUGAUUCUCCCUGAAUGCAUGAAACUGCUCCCUGUGUAUCUGAACUGCGUUCUGAAAAGUGAUGUUCUGCAGCCUGGGUCAGAAGUCACUACUGACGACCGCUCCUACAUCCGCCAACUUGUCACCACCAUGGAUGUGGCAGAAACGAAUGUUUUCUUUUACCCUAGACUCUUGCCUCUGACCAAAGUAGAUCUCAACAGUGACUCCUUACCAACAGCAAUCAGAAACUCCGAAGAGCGCCUCUCCAAGGGUGACAUAUACCUGCUAGAAAAUGGGUUGAAUAUUUUUCUGUGGAUAGGAGCAAAUGUUCAGCAGGGGCUGAUCCAGAACCUCUUUGGAGUUUCAUCUUUCAGCCAGAUAAGCAAUUCUAUGUGCACAUUGCCGAUUUUGGAUAACCCCUUUUCAAAGAGAGUACGAUCCAUCAUUGAUAUGUUCCAGGCUCAAAGAUCACGUUACAUGAAGCUAAUGAUUGUGAAACAGGAAGACAAACUAGAUUUGCUGUUCAAACACUUCCUGGUGGAAGAUAAGAGCAUGAAUGGGGGGGCUUCAUACGUGGACUUCCUCUGCCACAUGCACAAGGAGAUUCGCCAGUUGCUGAGCUAGAGGAGAGAGUGAUGCUGGAUUUCAGCGCCAACACUUCGAUGUUCAUGAACCACCUGAAGAAUGGGCCCAGAUCCUUUGAGGACAAUAUAGAAACCUUGUACUAUUCCAUAAUUUUUAAUACACUGUGCAUAAGCAGAGUUCCGGUAUCUCCCAAGCCCUUUUGAGAGAGAGAGAGAGACAGACAAAACACCCACUUAGGAUGGAGGACAAAUUUUCGGACUCCUGGUCUUAAAUUUGCGUCCCUGUGCUUGGCGGGAAUCUGUGCCUCUUGCCAUCCCAAUUCUGGUAUAAAAAAUGUCUCUUGACUUUACUUAUACAUGAUUCAGCAUCAGGUUAAGUGAUUGCUCUUCAAAGCUACAUAGUGGCUGCUGUGUGUGUGUGUGUGUGUGUGCAAGAGAGACUAUGAAAAGGAGCAAGGAGUCAGAUAGUAAAGGAUGGCUGGCAGGCUCUGUUCAGUCAAAGGAUAGGAGUUGAAUAAAGCAGCCAAAUGUAUCUUUCGCAUCUCGUCAUAAGUGCAGGAAGCAACGUACUGUGUACAAAUUAACUGAGUGGUGGCUGUCUAGAAAACAUCGCCCAUGCUGUGAACCUGGCGUGAGGGGGGGGGCAUACCUUUGCUCCUGUUGUGCUGCUGUGCAGGUCUGCCUUGGAAAAAGUAAUGAAAGGGUACUUAUUCAGGGAGAGUAGAAUCUAUCUUUGGGUUGGUAUGGACAGGCAUGCCUUUUUAUGCCCUUGUUCUGCUUUUUUGAUCCAUUACCCCCUGUACAUCUGCUAGGGUUUGCUUGGAACACUGUUGAUGGCCUCGUGCUCUCUUCCCGUCUUUUUCCUCUGUGAAAGGUAAUGUUGAUCCUGAGAUAUCAAAAGCAACCUGGGUGGGUGUAUGUUUGGGGGUGACACAGACUCGGUCCAUUUGUACUGCAGUGGAGGAACAUUGAUGAGUCUGAUAGUACUAUAUAGGAGGACUUACAUCCCUAGUACAAGGUUCAAAACCGUGCCACUGUGGAUUCUGAACUUUUAAUGCCUCUGAAGAGUUUGGCCGUGGGUAAAUUUAGCGUGCGGCACUUGAACCAUUAUAUUCCGGGCGGUUCUUACUGGCCCUGAAGCAGCAAGUCUGCUUGUGUUGUCGUGCCUCAAACAGCAAAUCCCACUUGAUUUACAACUAGCCUUUCUAAGAGUGAUUUUUGCUAGGGGUGGGCAAAAGGGGUUUCACUAGAGGCAAGUUUGAGAUUUUAGAAUUCCAAGGGCUCACUCAUUUUCAAAAGGAAACUAAUGUGUUCUUUAUUUUAAAUAAAUACAGUGUUUGUACAGUGCCCGGGAUGUACUGAAGCCAGCAGCACUGAAAUGGUAAAGGAAGAAAAAGGCAGGGAGGGUAGCAUUAGGCCAGUGGCAAGCAAGAUGAUUAAAGACACGUAAAGCCGCUGAAAUUUGAAUCCUCUUGUACAAUUAAAUAAUCCAGGUGUGUGGUUCUUAUUUCCAUGACCUCUAGAGUGUGUGUGUGUGUGUUUGUAAAUAUUUUCCUUCUUUUGCAGCCAGUUUGUCUUCCCUUUCAUUUCCCUUUCAUCACACAUAAAAGGGAAAUAUCCAAGAACUGUAACUGGCCACAGGUCGUGGAGCUUUUCAGCAGACUUGCACAAAUUUGCAAGCAUGGCUGAGAUUCCCCCGUUCCCCUCUAAAACACAUAUAUUGUCCCCAACCAAAAACUUAGAGAUCCAGUGAAAACUUGCUUCCCGAAACAAGAUUCAGUAACCCCAGAUUUCUACAAUACUAAUUUCUAGAAUUAAUAUAAGAACAAAAAUAAGAUCGCAAAAUUUCCUUCCACUUUUUUCCAAUGCAUCUCUUAAUUUGUAAAGAAAUAAAAUUAUAUUAAGAUGUAUUUUAUGUCAUUGUUAGUAAAUAAAUACUGAUUAUUUUUUUUU